AUGAUAGAAAAUGGCACCAGAAAGAAGACCAGCAGCCAGCUGCUAUUCGGUGUCCCACUCACCACAAGCGAAUAUGAAUACCAAGGCAAGGAACACUUCUCCAACAUCUUCAAGAAAGAAUAUCACAAUCUGCUUGAGAAAGAGCAAAAGCCAGACUCGGAAUCUACCAGCCAGUUCAUCAUAUUCUCGAAUAUCAGCGAAGAAGCUUUCCGGAACGACUUCUUCAAUUCUCCUGAUAGGCUAUUCAGCCACACACCGGAGACCUACAUCGCCUCAUUCAAGCUACUCUUGGUCAAAAUGACCACUCAAGCGCAUGAGUACGCCCAUGGCCUCUUUGACAAAUUGAUUAACCGCAAGUUCAACGCGAUGAACGAUCUUGACUUGAGACUCGGCCCAGGGGGACAAACCGAGAUAACGUCCGGCUCCAGGAGCAAGAAAGCUGAUCACUCGUAUUUCCCAUUGGAUCUUCCGCCAAACCGGGAUGGAAAAUGGCCAACUGUAGCAAUUGAAUCUGGAUACUCAGAAUCCAAGAGCAAGCUGGCUGGCGAUGCUCGUUGGUGGCUGACGGAGUCUGGGGGCGAUGUCAAAACCGUCCUAACGGUCUCCGUCCACCAGACAAAAAGAGAGAUUGUCGUCAAAAGAUGGGGGCUGAUGAAUCGCCCAACCAGGACAGACACGGACAAAUUGGUCCCAGAGGUUGUACAGAAGGUUGUCAUCUCGCAGCUGACAAACAACCACCCGGUGCGCGUAACUAACGCUCCUUUGACCAUCCCUUUCAAGGAUUUCUUUCUUCGGACCGCCAACCAAGGCGAGGAGGACAUCGUAUUUAGCGAAGAAAAUCUGGAAUACAUCGCAGAUACGGUGUGGAAGGUUCACAAGAAGGUGUAA